GUGCUAUGCUAAUUUAUGAGUUCUCUAGCCUUCCUUCAGUUUCUGUUAAGUUCUCUAAAACUUUUUCUCCCUCUAUUUCACAGUGGUAGUCGCUCUUCUAAAACAUUUAAACCAAAGAAAAACAUUCCAGAGGGGUCUCACCAGUAUGAGCUACUAAAACAUGCAGAAGCCACGCUUGGAAGUGGUAAUCUCCGGAUGGCCGUCAUGCUGCCAGAGGGGGAAGACUUAAAUGAAUGGGUUGCAGUUAACACUGUGGACUUCUUCAAUCAGAUCAACAUGCUUUAUGGAACCAUUACAGAUUUCUGUACAGAAGAAAGCUGCCCAGUUAUGUCUGCUGGCCCAAAAUAUGAAUACCACUGGGCAGAUGGGACAAACAUAAAGAAACCAAUCAAGUGCUCUGCACCAAAGUACAUUGAUUACCUGAUGACUUGGGUCCAGGAUCAGCUGGAUGACGAAACUCUUUUUCCAUCUAAAAUAGGUGUUCCUUUCCCAAAGAACUUCAUGUCUGUAGCAAAGACCAUUCUAAAGCGCCUCUUUAGAGUCUAUGCUCACAUUUACCACCAGCACUUUGAUCCUGUGAUCCAACUGCAAGAAGAGGCACAUCUUAACACAUCCUUCAAGCACUUUAUAUUUUUUGUUCAGGAAUUCAACCUUAUUGACAGAAGAGAACUUGCUCCACUUCAAGAAUUGAUUGAAAAACUCACCUCUAAAGAUAGAUAAAAGGAGGUGGAUUUGUGCAAACCACUUGUUUCUUUAAGCAAGCAUGUGAUAUGUUUUGGGGUCUUUUUUUUCCUUUUAAACAAAACAAACUUUGUUCUGUUCUUACAGGCAGCCAAGAUCCAUUCUCUGUGCUUUUAUUGGGGGAAAUCUUUUUGUCUUUUAGUGACACACAGUAAAUGGCUUUUUUUUUGUUCAUUUUGGAUUUUUAACACACGUUGAGUGUUUUAUAAAGGAAAUAUUAUUUGUUGGGGAAAUUGACACUGCUGGUGGAUAGAUCUGUAUUGUGUCAAUUGUAGCCCAUUCUCAUGAAGUCCCUAGAAGACUUACAUUCUCUAAGUGCCUUGGCAGACUCGCUUCUGAGGUGCAAAGCACAUACCGUACUGAACGUUGCUGGAAACAGAAUAUAUGAACUAAUACCCAGGACACUUACUGAUGCUUGUUUUAGAAUUUAUAUAUAUCUAUAUCCUUAAACUAAAAAAGCCAUAACAUACACAGGUGAUCUCCAGCUUUUAAUACAAAGUAUUCUUUUUUAUUUUAAGAGAUGAAUAUGCAGCUACUCAAAACUAAGUAGAUCAUGUCCUAAUAAUCUAGCUGAAGUGAUAAAGGUUUCAAAACUAUAGGGAACCCAGGAUGACAGAGGACCAGCUAUCCAUCCUACUAUUUUUCUUCUCUGAGGUACAUAUUUAUUCUGUUACUGUAAAUAUCAAUUCAGGUCAGUCAUUUUUAUAAAGUUAAACACUUUCCUUUAUAAAGCUUCGUAGCAUUUGUCAGAUGGGCCAUGGGUUUGCACAAAUAUUUUCAGUGAGAAAAGAAAAUACACUUCUUCACCAUCAAAAAUGACAAUUUGGUAAUACUAAGAAAGGUAUUGUCUGAAAUCCACUGGAGUAAUGAAACACAAAAUUAAAAAUAAAAAGACAACUUAAUGGUAGACCUCAAGUUCUCAGGGUUUUUCACAAUGAAAAACAUAUACAUUAAUAGAAAAAAUGUCUUGUGGACUAUGUCCCAUUUAUAAUCGCACACAUUUCCUCCCUUUCAUUAUUGCAUGACUUCUUUCUGGAAACUACAUCACUUGUUUACAUGGGGAAAGUAAUGGUUGCAGUGCAUUGGUGUACUUUUAUCAGUCUUUAGUCUUUCUGAGAAAUCUUAAUCACAGCAUCUCCCUUUCUUUCCGCCCCGCAAGCCCCACUCUGCUUUAUUUCUCCCUUGCUAUUGCCUUUCCCUCCCUCUCUGGCCUCAUUUCUCUCAGAGUGGAAAUAAGGAGAGCCAGUACUGCAUGACUCGCCGGUUUCCAUGAUGGUCAACAGAGUGUUGCAUGGAAAUCUCUGUCAUAUUUAUGUGAAAGUCUGGAGUUUCCCCCUCCUCACAAAAAUUUAACUUUUCUUUGUUUUUAAUUUGUGCAUCUUCCAUUCUGUCAAGAUUUAUACUAGCCUUUGGGUUCAAAUAAGUAUUUAAGCACUGCCAUCUGUCCCUUCCCCCCAGCCCUCCCCAGUAUCAUUAAUAUAAUUGCCUUAAAGUGGUCAUGGUGUAGCAGCAGAUGAAACCUGAGAUUUGCAAGACCACAAAUUUAUUACAGUUUUAGUAUAAAGACAUACAUUGACCCACAUACAUGAGAACUCUUGGUGAUCUUUAGCUGAGCCUGAGUUUAGUUUGUGAUGGAGGGCACCAGUAGUACAUGUCUUUAAGUUAUCAUAUAGAUAUUCUACAUAGUUCUUUGACAUACAGUCUUGACUUUGGUUAGGAAAAGACACAAUUACACAUGCAAGUAGUCAGCAAAACUUAUAACUGACACCUUAGUUUGCAUAUAAAAAUAAUAAAACUCUUAGACUGUGGCUGUGUUUUCCAAAACUGAGAUGGGAAAAUUUCACUACAGGUCAGUCGCAUCUUAUGCGGGGGUUAGGUGCUGAAGUCAGCGCGUAAGGCGAAAAUUGGUGACUAUACAUGGGGUGGGAGGGGGGGCGGGGCUUGAGUUUGCACACGGUGCCAUGCUUAAAGCUGUGCGGCCUGCAGCAGCGGCGCAGCACGUGGUGGUGGUGGGGAUGGCUGCGUGCCGCCUGGCCACCACCAUGCUGCUGCUCCUGCCUAGCAGUUGGCCACACAGCUCCGGGCAUGGCUCCAUGGCGACAGCAGGAGGUUUUGGAGGCAGCGGCUGUCACCGCCAUAAUGGGCCUCCAGGUAAGCGGCAGCGCCGCGUGCAAGCUCAAGUCCCGCCCCCCUCCACCCCAUGUAUAGUUGAAUUUGUGCAAGUUAAAUGCACGUAUGAUGUGACUGACCUGUACUUAAUAUUGCUCUUUUUUGUAAAAUCCAGAGUCUAAAAACAAAAUCUUUCUUUUUCUCUUUCUAAACAAAUGUUGUCCACCAACUGGGUGAAAGGUUUCUAAUUCAGCAAAUGUGGAUAUUAACUACAUCUUCCUUCUCUGAUUACCAGUAUGUGGUCUUAUAAUUGAAGAUGGCUUUUGAGAGUCUAGCUAUGCACUAGAAAAGUCACAUACUUAAUUGCUUUUCAAUCAUAGGAAAACUCCAGGUUUCCUGUUAGAUGUUAUAAAGUGGCAAGAGAAGCUUAGGUUACCAAUGUUCAUAGUGCCUCUCAACACUGAUUUUGUUAAUGUGGCAGAGUGGUUUUUUGGCCAACCCCCCCCCCCCCCCCCCCCCC